GUAGUAAAAUAGAAUUUGAUCCAGAAUCUAAAAUGUCAAGUUAUAAUAUUAUUUCAUCUAUCUCUGAGUGCUAUAUAGAGAUUGAAAAUAGAAAAACAGAAUUAAUAGAAGAUAUGAAAGCAUUUGAAACAUUGGUGAAAAUUAUAACUAAUAAUAUUGAAAAUAACAAGCUUUACGAAGUAUAUAUAGCUCUCAAGAAGCUUCUUAUUGUCGAAAUUGCUGCAUGUAACAAAGUUCUUAAUGCAAAAACUCAACAACAAACCUGGAAUAAAUCAAAAAUAGAAAAAUUAGCUUUUUGGUUUCAGUAG